AUGGCAAACCCCCCAAACGCUAGGCUUAGGCACAUCAAGUGCCUGCAAUUGAACCUCCAUGAUGCAAAGGCGGCCUCUGACGUCUUAUGCAGGAGGUUCAAAACAGAACUCUUGGAUGUCGCAUUCAUCCAAGAACCGUGGGUUUUCGCCGGGGCUAUUAAAGGCCUAAACGACUGUGAUGAGUUGACACAACAGGACUUAGCUGCUGUAUGGACUAAAGUGCCCACUCAAAUUGGAGAACAAGACGUCGUUCUCGCUUCAUCUUACCUCCCAGGCGACAGCUGCGAGAUGCCCACAAGGGAAGUAAUAGCCCUAGAGGAGUACUGCAGAAGGAGAAAGCUGAAACUAGUAACGAGCUGCGACGCCAAUGCCCAUCACUGUGUAUGGGGUAGCUCGAACACCAAUUCUAGAGCCACACGCCAGAACUGCAGAAUAUCGAAUAUAACGAGACCCAUUUUGGGAUCGCCGAACUAUUUCGAGACUAGCUGA